AUGGGCAGCACACCAAUAAGUCACUAUACUAAACAAGAGACAAUCUACAAAACAGACUCAGUAGACAUCUUCAAAGCAAUUUUAAAAUCGACAGGACAAGAAAUUGCUAUAAAGAAACUAAAAUUUCAAUCGGAUAAGGAAAUAGAUGCAUUUAAAAUUGCUACACUUAAGCAUCCAAAUUUGGUAUGGCCUGAGCUCUAAUGUAAUUUUGACUAUACCUGAGCUGCUCUGAGCCCUCAAGAAUUGAAUUUUUUCUCAUUUGGGUAUCAGCCUAUUCCUAAGUUUCAAAUAUCUAUUAUUUUUUGGAUCAUGCCCCAAAUUUAGCAAAUUCCAGUCUCUGAACUGAUUAGGCAGCUUCAAUUAAUCCUCAACGAUAUGAGCAUCUGACUAUAGAAUUAUAUGGCAUAUCAACGCCUAAUGACAAAUUCAUCCUUUUAUUAAUGGAAUACCUCCCUUCAGGAGAUUUGUCGAAUGAAAUAGACAGAAGAAUACAUUUUAAUAAAUACUGGUCUGAAGAAGAUCUAUGAAAUUACUUUAAAUCCCUCAUCCAAGCUUACUCAUAUCUACAAGAACGAGAAAUAGCCCAUAGAAAUAUAAAACCCCAAAAUAUUAUUAUAGGGAAUGAUGGAACUUUAAAAGUGACUGGCUUUGGACAUGCUUUACUAGAUGCACAGCAAGAAGAAUAUAUAGGCAUAUCCAUAAGAUAGCCCAUAUGGGCGAGGGAAAGAGACCAAAAAUUCCCACUUGGUCCGAUCAACUCAGAUAAUCGAACCAAGUGGUAAGUGGCAAAUAAGCCUCUUUCCGCUUGGGCUCUAUCCCUCGCCUAUAUCGGGCUAUCUUAGGGAUAUGCCUAUACAGUUGUAGGGACUCCGCUGUUUUUGAGCCCUAAAUUAAAAGCACUUUAUUCUUCGUCACAAAAUAACCUCUAUAAAGCUAAGUAUGAUCCUUUUAAAUCUGACGUGUAUUCACUAGGAUUAACGUUUCUUUAUAUGGCAAGCUUGAAAAAAUUAGAUGAAUUGGCAGAUUUAAAUGCGCUUAAGUACAAAACAGCACUAAGAAUUUAUGAUCUAAGAUACUCUCAAAGGGUAAAAGACCUUUUAUGGUAUAUGCUUGAAGAUGAUGAAGCAAAAAGGCCUAAUUUUAUAAAUCUUGAAGAUGCUUUUGUAAUUUCUGCCGUAAAAAAUAUACAUAAAGUUUUAGAUGAAUUGGCAGCUAUAUUUAUAUUUAUAAGCUUUAUUUUUUCAAAAAUUGAGCUAAAAUUUAUUUUCCAAUUUCAAGAAAUAUAUUAUAAGUCACACCAAAAUUUAUCACUAGAAAAAUAAAAAUAUCAGAGUAUGGCAUGUUGUUAAAUUCCUAUCCACUUAAAGUUUUUUGUAAAGUUCCAAAUAUAAAAGCUUGCUUAUCAAAAAUUUUAGGUAAUAAUUAUUUUUUUAAAUAUAAAUUAUAUCGUUAUUUGCAGAUUUUUGAACUUUACCACCUAAGUGUGGAAUUUUUUCCGCGUGUGAAAAGAGGAUUCCACAUGUGAAAUCAAAAGGGCUCUGACGUGAAAUCACCUUUUCACACGCGGAAAAAAUUCCACACUUACGUGGUAAAGUUCAAAAAUCUGCAAAUAACGAUAGCAUUUAUAUAAAAAAAUUUAUGCAAAUUAUCUAAACCAACAUUUUACAGAGAGUCGAAAAUGAGACAAAUAGUCACUAUAUAUGAUCUCUUAUGACACUUGCGAAAUCUAUUAACUUUAACAUUAAAAUCGGGAGGCUUAGCUAUAGCAGAAAUAUUUGUACAUUUGGAAAGGUUGAUUUUUUAUAUAAAUGUAAUUAUUGCAGAAGACAAUAUUUUAUCCAUGCAGCGUACUUAAAUCAAGAAUUUACUUGUUUGUAUUGUUGAAAGCCAAAUGCACCUCUAUAUCAAGCAAAUAGUUACCAACAUUAUGAUCAAGUAGAAAAAAUGGAAAUAAAAGCCAAAAAUAAUAUUCUAUUUGAUACAUGCCAUAGAUGCAAAAUCUAAGAAAAGUAUUUAUUUCGUUUAAGAUGCUGCUGGUUAGCGCGUGUCGCCAUUUUAAUGUAUAUAUUUUGCUCGGAGGGAUUAG